UUUUAGAAACCCUCUGUGUUGUUUAUUGUGAAUGAAGUUGACCGGUAACUAGAUGCGGCAUACAAUAUUUUCAGCUGUAUUCAGAUAAAUCUCAUAUUAAAUGUAUACAGCAAUAGGAAAUAUGCAAGAAUGCAGAAAAUAAACAAACGUUAAUUAAAUUAUCGAAACAGUUUUGUGCUAUCAGAGUCUGCAGUAUUGCAUUGCAACUUAUUUGCCUGGUAAAAGAACGUUAUGUGAGUGCUCAAGUUAUACUGAAGGCAUACAUAAAACAGGGAACGUUAAACAAUUUCUUAAAUAAACGAAUUUAUAAAAAAAACUACCCAAAUAUGAAGCCGUCCAAACAUCGAUUGUCUAGUUUGGCAGAAGAUAUCACCAUACCGGAGGAUGCACCGUUUCGAGCCCGCCUACACUCGUUGUUUGGGCAGAUAGAGAAAGAAUUCGAACUGUUAUACUUGGAAAAUUUAAGUUUGCAAGAAAAACUUGACCACUGCAUGAGCAAAGAUCUGAUUUGCUCAUAUGAACGCUCAGCUGGAGUAAUUGCAGCAGGAGGUAGCGGUGCGAACGUUAUCACAGGAAAUGCAACGAAUGCGGGCCAAAGUAAUGCAAUGCAAACAAAUAUCUCCACCGCCCUUGGGCAUGAUGAUGGAGAUACUACUGCAUUGGUUUCAAUAAUUGGUGGUGGUGGCGGGAGUAAGGGUCUGAAAGCGAAAUUUACAUCAAGUAGUAAUAAAGUGAAAGCUAGUAAUAAAAUUAAAGCGCAAACCAGUCGAAUUGUUUCAAGUUUCAAGGCACAAACAGUGGUUAGCCAAGUAACACGAGAAUUCUGUGGACAUAAGGAUGGAGUUUGGCAAGUGACUGCCAAGGUUGGUCAGCCAAUUAUAGGCACAGCAUCGGCAGAUCAUACUGCGUGCAUUUGGGGCAUUGAAAAUGGUCGAUGCCUGCUACAGUAUCAGGGUCAUGCUGGCUCUGUAAAUUCUGUAAAAUUUCAUCAGAAUCGCGACUUGGUAUUAACCGGUAGUGGCGAUGGCACAGCACAUAUUUGGCAAGCAGCUGUUAAUUGGGAUUCCUCCAAGAGAGGACAUUCUUCAGAGGAGGAGCUCGACGACAGUGAUGAGCAAGUGGAAGAUCGUGAUCGCGUUGACACUCUGCGUACACCUUUAUGUGAAUUCACCGGUCCGGGCGGUCAUUCAUCGGUGGUAGUGGCUGCUGAUUGGUUGCCCAGCAUGGAUCAUAGACAAAUAAUAACAGGUAGCUGGGAUCGCACAGCAAUUUUGUGGGAUGUAGAAUCACGAGAACCGGUACAGACUCUUACUGGACAUGACCAUGAAUUAACUCACGUAUCGGCGCAUGCUUCCCAACGUUUAGUGGUCACCGCAUCUCGCGACUCAACUUUUCGUCUUUGGGACUUUCGCUAUGAGAUACCGGCUGUAUCUGUAUUUCAGGGACACACAGAAAGUGUAACGUCAACUGUGUUUGCACGCGAUGAUAAAGUAGUGUCUGGGUCGGAUGAUCGCACAGUAAAAGUUUGGGAAUUGCGCAACAUGCGCUCGGCACUGGCGACUAUACGCACGGAUUCCUCGGUGAAUCGCUUGGCUGUUUCGAGUGGUGGCAUUAUUGCCAUACCACAUGACAACAGGCAAAUCCGUUUAUUCGAUUUGAAUGGACAACGUGUGGCACGAUUACCACGAACAAGCCGACAGGGUCACCGUCGUAUGGUGUCUUCCGUUGCUUGGGCCGAAGAUCCAUUAUUCAAUUGUGAUUUAUUUUCAUGUGGUUUUGAUAGGCGCGUAUUCGGCUGGUCCAUAAUUUUGCCGAAAGAAAAUUGAAAGUCACUAAAAUUUUAAAUCCCUAUUUAUUAUGAAAUUGUAACAUAAUUAUGGUUUUUGAGUGGAAAACAGGAAUUUAUUUUAUCUUAAUGUGGAUGUAAUAUUCGUAGAUGAAAUUACUUGUGAAGAUAAGUAGGACUGUCAACAAGUUUUAUUCUAAAUGUUAUACUAAGCAACAGCAUUCAACUGUGAGAAAAUAUAGAAGCAAUACACUUAUUUGAUUAAUUUUAAAAAUUUGUAUUCAUCUAAAUUUAUAUACAAAAUUCCAAAAGUAUUUUUGUUUUUAUUAUUUUCAAAUUUGAAGUUGCUUUAUAAUCAAAACAUGUAGGAAAGUGUAUCAGAAAGUAGGAUAUAUCCCAGUUUUUAUGUGCAUGUUUAUGUUUAAGUGUUAUAUUACUAUUUUAAUGAAAUCCCGUUGCCAAAAUUAGUAUGUUUAUCCAUUUUCUGCAAGAAUGCUGAUUGAAUCUAUGAAUGCUCUAAAAACUUGAAAAGUUGGAUCCAACCGUUUCAACACAAACUAUAUAUACAAAGACAAAGAUAUCGAAUAAUACGUUUAUCAUUUAUUAUGUACAUACUAUAAAUAUACAUAACUGCAUACAUACAAAUGCAUAUAUCAUUUAUACAAUAUUACUAAUUGGAUUUGAAUAUACACCCAUAGAUAUAUAUGUACGUCUGUAUGUUUAUUGAUUACUAAUUGUUAUUUAAUACAUAUACAAAUUCUUAUUACUUAGAACUGCUGCACUACUAUUAUCGUAAACGCACUCAGAAAUAUUUGUUUAGCUUAUGCUCUAGGCAAAUUGUUAUUUACAUAAAUGUUAAAUAAAACAAGAGUUGUGUGUAAUGAA